AAAUCCAAAUCCCAAGCACUAACUUCAAACUUUUGACUAACACACGAAAAUCUAGGGAUAGUUUUAUAGAUCCUCUGUCCUUUCCCGUCCUCUGAACGUUUCAGCGCCAUCUGAACUUCCAAGCUUUUCAUUUACUUGCCGUGUUAGGUGAACUAGAGGUUGAGGCGUUCUCAUCCAGCUGACUAGAUGGGAGAUUGGUUGUAUACACACGUCGCCUGUCAAAGUGCAAAGCAUUACAUGUGAGUUGUGUUGACCUUUCGCUACCUAAUACCCAAAAAUGGCAAUUAGGAUAAGAACGCGACGCCAACAGUGCAUUGAACGUCACAUUCAAAUCCCACAGGUGGAUCUUCAGAACAUGAGAGAUGCAGAUUCAAACCAGAGACCUUGGAGUGCGUUCUAUAGAUUUUGUGGACAUGUACUUCGCCCGGUAAAACAGUCUGCCAGGAGAUUGGUUCAACUUUAGCCAAGUCCCACAUGGGGUCCAAUGUUUGGCAUUCUCUCAUUUAUUUAAUAUGGCAGAAAACUCCUUUGAGACCUAUCCAUAUUCUUGUUUUCUGUUAUCUUCUUUGGGAUUCACGGUGAAGAGGUGAUUGGUGCAGCCUGUUGAGUUUGUAGCAAUGGCAGAUAAUGGGGUUCUUGUGUGCAGUACUCUGAUGGGAGAGACAGUUGAGCAGAUGCUCAAACAAAUGCAACUUGCUAAAGAAACUGGUGCAGAUUGUGUAGAACUCAGACUGGAUUGCCUUAAUGGUUUUGAUGCUGCAGGUGAUUUGGAGAAGCUCUUAAAGGGUAGAGUUCUUCCUGCUAUAAUCACUUGCAGACCAAAAUCUGAAGGAGGUAACUAUGAAGGGGAUGAACAAAAACGUCUCAAUACACUGAGCCUGGCAUAUGAUCUGGGUGCUGACUUUAUUGAUGUGGAGCUUCAGGCAAUGUCUCCCUUUGUAAGUCAAAGGAGUAAAAAGAAUUCACAGAAUUGCAAAAUCAUUGUUUCAAGCUAUGUCAAUGGGAGCACUCCAUCAUCUGAGGAUCUCGGUCAUCUUGUUGCAAAAAUGCAGUCCACCGGAGCUGAUAUUCUGAAAGUUGUUACUACUGCAACAAAUAUUACUGAUGUAUCUCACAUCUUCAAGCUGAUUCCCCACUGUCAAGUUCCAAUAAUUGCAUGUGUAAUGGGUGAUAGAGGACUAAUAAGUCAACUUCUAGGUCCCAAGUUUGGUGGAUACCUCAUAUAUGGAUCAAUUGGAUCUGGGAAGGAUUUGAUACCCGGACAACCAAAACUAGCAGAUCUAAUAAACAUUUACAAAAUUGGGCGUCUGACUAGAGAUACCAAAGUAUUUGGAGUUAUUGCAAAUCCAGUAGGCCAUAGUAAAGGUCCAAUUUUACACAAUCAAGCAUUCAGAGAAACAGGAUUCAAUGGUGUAUAUGUACCACUUCUUGUUGAUGAUCUUUCAGACUUUUUGAAAGUUUAUUCUGCACCAGAUUUUGCUGGUUUCAGUGUUGGAAUUCCUCACAAGGAAGCUGCUGUCAAGUGCUGUGAUGAAGUUCAGCCACUUGCAAAGUCUAUUGGAGCAGUGAAUACUAUAGUAAGAAGAAAAAGUGAUGGAAAAUUGGUUGGCUAUAAUACUGACUGCGAGGGUGCUAUAUCUGCAAUAGAGGAUGGCUUACGAGGAGAAAGUGGUUAUAAGAGCUCGGAAAGUAGCUCUCCCCUUGCUGGAAAAUUGUUUGUACUUGUCGGAGCUGGAGGAGCUGGAAGAGCACUUGCAUUUGGAGCAAAACAAAGAGGAGCACGUGUUGUAAUCACAAAUCGUAAUUUCGAAAGAGCAAAGGCCCUGGCAAAUGCAGUUGGAGGAGAAGCUAUCCCCAUGGAGGCUCUGGAAAGAUUCUGUCCAGAAACUGGAAUGGUCCUUGCAAACACUUCUGCUGUAGGAAUGCAGCCAAAUGUUGAUUCAACACCUUUGCCUAAGGAGGCCAUGGAGCCAUACAGUCUUGUUUUUGAUGCUGUUUACACGCCAAGAGAAACAAGACUGUUGAGAGAAGCCAAAGAGGCAGGGAAAAUUGUCGUGAGUGGAUUGGAAAUGUUCAUUAGGCAGGCUAUUGGCCAAUAUGAGCUUUUCACUGGUAACCUAGCCCCUACAGAGUUGAUGCGAAAAAUUGUUAUUAGAGAUUUUUGAGCAGCAUAUUGACACAGACUAGGCUUUUUGGGUGAUUGGAAACAAUGUUUGGGCUGAGGUUUCCAAUUCUGUUAUGGUGGAGUUAGCUAUGAGUGAAUCAUAUUUGAAUAGGGACAGAGCUAUGUCUAUUAUUGCCUUCAUAUUAAUAAUUAAGUUGCUUGAUGCAUCAGCAGCUCAGAAAAGGCACAUUUUUAUGUUAUUUAUCCAAUGGGAUCAAGUCAUGUAGUCAUUUCGUUUAAUGAGAAACCUUUUUAACACUA